AUGCAAGGUUUAAGCAUUCAAAGCUUGAAAAAGCACAAAGCUCUGAUUCCGUUGUACGUGUGCGUCGGUCUCGGCUGUGCAGGCUCGGUGUUCUACCUGGCGCGGCUGGCGCUGCGCUCACCCGACGUCAGCUGGAACAAGAAAACCAACCCUGAGCCUUGGCAAGAGUACAGGAACAAACAAUACAAGUUCUACUCCCCGAUCAGAGACUACUCCAAGGAGGAGUCCCCCGCCCCCAAGUACUGA